GCGCGGCGGGAUGAAGCAGCCGGCGGCGAGCCCGGGGCGCGCGGAGAAGCCGCAGCUGCCGGCGCCGCCGGGGCUGGCGCGGCUGCUGCUCAGCAAGAGCCGGCGCGGGGCGCGGUCGCGCCGCGCGCCGGCCACGUCGCCCAUGUUCGUGUCGCGUGGCCGGAGCCGCGCGGCGGCGGCGGCCGGGGCGGACGGGGAGCCGUCGUCGCCCAAGGUCACCUGCAUUGGCCAGGUGCGGAUGCGCAAGGGGAAGAAGGGCGGCAAGAAGGCGCCGCCGGUGGACAAGGAGGGGAAGGGCAGGGGCUACUGCCGGUGCCUCAAGAAGGCGUUCCUCUGCGGCGGGCUGUUCGACUUCGACCGCACGACGCGCCGCCGCAAGGGGCCGCCGCCGGAGGCGGAGCGGGCCCGCCGGUCGCCGUGGGUGUUCAGCAGCAGGGACGUGGCCGUCGCCGCCGCGCCCAAGGCGCCGGAUCCGGCCAGUGACCGCGCCGAGGAGGAGGAGGAGAGGUCGGUGGAGAGAGACGAGAAGGCGGACGAGCCGGGGACCGACAGCCGUGGCAAGGAGGAGGAGGGAGAGUGCGAGGAGGGGGAGGCGGCGGAGCUCGUGUCGUCGGCGACCGCCACGCCGCCCAAGAACGCUCUGCUCCUCAUGCGCUGCCGCUCCGCGCCGCAGAACCGCUCGUCCCCGCUCACCUCCAGGUUCGCCGCCGGCGCCGCGCCGUCGCCGGUCCAAGAAAUGGUCGAUUUCGCGGUGGAGUCCAUCGCCGCGACGCCACCUCCGGCGUCUCCCUCCCCGCGCAGGCCAGACAUGCUAUCACCUUGGGCGUCUCCGUCGCCACGCAAGCCGGACUUGGUGUCACCUCGGGCGUCUCCCUCCCCGCGCAAGCCGGACAUGGUGCAGCCACCACGGUCGUCGCCCUCUCCACGCAAGCUGCCGGACAUGGUGUCCGCGGAAAGCGACGAUGAGAACGAGAAGCGGCAAGAAACGGCGGCAUCCACGCACGAGCAGGAGGAGAAGCCGCACGAACAAGAUCACGAAGCCGACGACGACGACUUCAACGAGGAGGAAGACGAGGCGGAAGAAAUGAGGUGCUCGUCGGCGCGGCCGCUGGUGCUGCAGAGGUGCAAGUCGGAGCCAGCGACGACCGCGGCGGCGAAGAUGGCGGCCGGUGCGGGGGGCGAGGGGGCGCCGUCCGGCUGCUUCUGGGCCAACGGCGGGAGCAGCGGGCGCCGGAGGCACCCGCCGCAAAUGUCGCCGGCGGCCGCCGCUCCGGUGGCUUUGACCGGUCACUGAGCCAGUAGGUGGGGACCCCUUCCCGUAUACUAGUAGUGAGUGAGUAGUAUUUUCAUUUUGCUGCUGUCGCUGUCGAUUAAAUCUCGCACAGUAAAAAGCUGUAAUUGUAAUUCCCCGUUCCCAUCUCUCCACUCCGUCCGUCCAUCCAUGCCGCUCGGCGAAGACGAUUGAUGGCUGUAAAAAGAUUUACCUAGUCACGCUGUAAA